AUGCCCAAUUCCAACGUCAGAAUUCCAGAAGGGCUGUUUGACAUAGCGUGUGAAGAACUAAUGCCUAUUAGAGAAAGUUUUUGCUUACUGCUUUUAAAAGUCGCUGUAAUUUUAAUUUUUGUCUUUUAUACCUUUCUGUUUAUGAUGCAUCUUGAUAUUGGUGCAUUACCGGUACUGCGAGCUUUGGCCAUAUUUUUUACUGGAUCUUUUCCAAAGAUCCUCACCAUUUGUUUUGAAGGAGAUACAGAGAGAAGAGUUAAGGCUACAAUUGUAGAGGAAAAGGUUUCUAAACUUGUUCAAGAAUACUUAAACGGAACUCCAGUUAUAAACGAAGUAGUAGCAUGUUAG